AUGAAAUUCACGCAGCGAACAAUCGAUUGUGGUGUCACUCCUCGUAGUGUCACCUCAACCAAGGGAAAAAAACGCAUGCUACUAUUAAAAAGGAUGAAAUAUAACGACGGGCUGCGCGGCCCAGAACGUCACCAGAAGGAGGAGGAUGGCAUCCUUACGCCAGAUCUGUGUUUGGUGGGAUGUGGUCCAGUUCAGUCCGGUUCGAUCCGGUGCUCAUAUUCUAGUGAUGGGAAUUCAAUGGAAGCUUCUGUUGUCUGUUUUUCAUCAAAACUUUCUACAUUGUCUGGUAACUUUAACAGCAUACCAGCUGAUUCAAGAAAAGAGACACACAUGAAUUAUGAAUGUAAUACAUUCGUUUAUGGCAAAAAAAAGGAAGCAUAUCCGGGAGUAUCGGGAAAUAAUUCAAUUUAA